AUGUCCUGCUGUCUGUCUGCAGGCCCGGCCCGGAGCGUCGCCCGGUUGCCCCGCCGCCACCCUCCGGUGCUGCGCAUGGUGCUGGAGGCGCUGCAGGCCGGAGAGCAGCGCCGCGGCACCUCGGUGGCCGCCAUCAAGGUUUACAUCCUGCAGAAGUACCCGACAGUGGACGUCCUCCGGCUCAAGUACCUGCUGAAGCAGGCCCUGGCCACCGGCAUGCGCCGCGGCCUCCUCGUCAGGCCCGCCAACUCCCGGGCCAGGGGGGCCACGGGCAGCUUCAAAUUAGUUCCCAACCACAAAAGGAAGAUGCGGACCAGGAAGGCGGCCACCAUGACUGCCCCCAGGAGACCUGCUCAAGCCAAGGGAAAGGACCCCAAGAAACCUAGUGGGGCAAAGAAGGUCCCUCCCAACCCAGGGGCUCUGAGAAAAGGAUCCAGGAAGCCAGGAGAGGAGAGGACAGCUCCCUGCAAGCCAGGUGCCGCUAAGGAGAAGGCCCCCAGGAAAGACCACCAGACCAAGGACCAAGAGGCAAGACGGGCAGAUGUCGAGGUCCACACGAAAACAAAAGCUGGGAGUCAGAGUUCAAAACCCGCAGCCACCAAGGGUGAGAAUGGUGUUGCUUCCACAGACAAAAAGAAGAUGAGGAACAAGGUCCCUAAAGAGGCCGCUGCCCAGGGUGCUGGGGAGAGGCCAAAAGCCAAGGCCCCUGCUCCUCCCAAGGGCGGUGGGUCCAAGAUGGAGCCGGCACGACUGUCCAGGAAGGCAGAGGCCCCCAAGGUCCCGAGAAGGCCUGGUGUUCCCACCAAGACCGCAUCGUCCAGAGCGGCCAGGCGGUAACCUUGGGGCUCCCCACACAUUGGAGGCAGCACGGAACGGAGGAAUGAGGGGACUUGCAAGCUGCUCUGUGUCUUCAUUUUGCCGUGACCUGGGGGACUCCUCAGCUGUGCUAGAGUCAGUUUCUGCAGCUGUGAAAUGGGGACAUUGUUGUGUUCCUCACAGGCUUGUUAACCAGGUAA